CGAGGAGACGUGAGAGCUAGAUAAGAAAUUAUGGAAAGCUUUAGGGCUGUUUUCCUACUGGUUGUGGUGGUGGUGGCAGCGGUGGGGGUGAUGCCGGCACAUGGAGGGAUAAGCGCAGCGGCAUGCCGCGCAGAGCGGCGGGCGGGGGUCAAUGCAUGCAAGGCAGUGCUUUAUGGGGAGCUGCCGAGCCCGCAGUGCUGCGAGCGGGUGCGCGUGACCCAUGUCGAGUGCGUGUGCCCCAUCAUCACCCCCAAGCUAGCCGCCCUCGUCGAUGUCAACCGCUUCGUAAGGCUCGUCGAAGGCUGCGGUCGGCGGGUGCCUCACCACUACAAGUGUGGCAGUAUUACUACUCCCUGAACUGCAAAGUUGCAAAAGAGAUGCGGAUUCAGAAAGGAUCACCGAUAUAUAAUAAUAAUAAUAAUAAUAAUAACUUGUUGUGCUUUUGAAAAGUGUGGUAUUAAAUAAAAUAAGGAGAGGAGACCUAGGCUACUUUCUCCUCUAAGAGGUUAUAAAACAAUGGCUAUUAGUACUUUAUGUCCUCCUUUAAUAUUUAGCAAUGAUGUCCUUCUAGGUAUAUGCUUCAAUACCUAGCGCAGUGAAAGAAAGUUUUACCUAUGAUAAUGCCAAUUCUCUAGUUUUUUUGGCCAUAGCGACAAUGUAAGUUGCUAGCUUCUUUUCUUUGAUGGAAGCUGAUGAAUCCAAUCUUAUUUGCUGAGA